GUCCUUACAAAGGGACCACCAAAUGUGCCUGAGAGGACACUGCACUCUGAUUGGUCAUCAUAUUAUGCGAGAAGAGCUUCAGUGACGUCUAAAGGGGAUCCUGCAGUCAUUUCAUAAACACACAGUCGGGUUUGUAUUUAGUAUUUUUAUUUCCAAACAGCUUAAGAUAAAAUAAAAAAAAAUCCAUCAUAAGGUUAAAAAGCGACAUUAUACGUUUUUUUUCUUUAUUUAAAUGCUUUUGCAAGGCGUGGACGAUAAAAAAAGAAGAAACAGCUACUAAACAGAAUCUCGUGUGCUGCCAUGGACAGUGUGAAGAUGGAAUCUGUCCAGAUUAAAGAGGAGUUCCCUGAACUUGAACUUGUCCCCAUUAGAGUGGAGUUCUCUGGGCUGGCUUCCCUCCCCAUUAAACAGGAGCUCUGUGAGAUGCAAUGUGACAGCAGUCAGCCAGAGGUCUCUGAGAUUAAAGCUGAGCACAAUGAAUUGGAGAUCCCUCAGACAGAAGAACCCCUUCCUGUUAAACAAGAAGAGGUGCUGGAAACUGUCCGUAUUAAACAGGAGCCCCCUGAAGUAGAGUUUGAGCACAUGGAACCAGUGAAGGAAGAAUCUGAGGACUUCAAACCAAACAUCCCUGAGCUGGAGCCUGUACGCCUGCGGGAGUGUAGCGUGGUGCUGGAGAGAAUCUGCGUGAGAGAGCAAGGCGCUGGAGAGGAAGGCUCUCCCAACAGCUUGCAAGGAGGUGGAAAGGAAGACGGGCGCUCCCAUUCAGAAUGCAGUCUAGCAGGUUCCAGUCCAGCAGCUAAAGUGAGAGCGGGCGGUGGAGAAUAUCCUGACUGUGGGAAAGGUUUCAACCAGUUGAGGAAUUUAAAAAUACACCAGCGAACUGACACAGGAGAGAAACCGUAUCGCUGCUCUGACUGUGGGAAGAGUUUCAGUCAGUCCGGACACUUUGUUUUACAUCAGCGAAUUCACACAGGAGAGAAACCGUAUCGCUGCUCUGACUGUGGGAUGAGUUUCAGUAGGACAGGUAGCCUUGUUUCACACCAGCGAAUUCACACAGGAGAGAAACCUUAUCGCUGCUCUGACUGUGGGAAGUGUUUCAGUCUGUCAGGAACCUUGAAAAAACACCAGCGAAAUCACACAGGAGAGAAACCGUAUUUCUGCUCUGACUGUGGGAAGAGUUUUAGUCGGUCAAACAGCCUUGUUGUCCAUCAGCGAAUUCACACAGGAGAGAAACCGUAUCGCUGCUCUGAUUGUGGGAAGAGUUUCAGUAAGACAGGUGGCCUUGUUUCACACCAGCGAAUUCACACAGGAGAGAAACCUUAAAGACCAUAUUCAAUGGGACUUUACACUCGUGAGGGAAAAAAUGUUAACCUUGCAUUAUGAAUCCCUGUGUAAUUACUGUUUUGUGUCAGAAAGUGGGCGGAGACGCGGACACGUCACAAGAGGCUUCUCUGCUGUCAGUUUAACUCAGGCUGUCAAUGCAGUCAGUGCCUGGGAGCGGGAAUAUGCAGAAAGGAAACUAUUCUGCACCUCAUCUGAUGGACGAGUCAGGAGAAAUUGAUAACUCAGUGUGGGGAAUGAGUUUCAGGGUUUAGCAUUUAAACUGCAUAGACUUGAAAAUAAAUACAUUGAUGGGAACGAGUAUCCCGACCCCGGUAUGUAGCAUCCCAGAGACAAGACUGCACCGUCCUUACUGGACAACCGCCUGGAGGGUUUGUCUUGUAAAUUCAUCAUGAUUCUAAAACUAAUGAAAAUGAUAGUGUCCCAUGGCUGCAUUGACAUGAAUGGCUGAAUAUUGCAUGACGUGUCGCUUUGCAAUGUGCAUUGUCCAUGCUUGUAUUAGUGCUGCUCUUGUAAACUGCCCUGAGUAAUAGCAGUGUAGAAAGCUUGUGUACGGAUCUUAGGUACAGAAAGUCAAAUUGUGUAAUCUGAGUUCUAAUGAGACUUGACUGUUCAAUUAAACCUUGUGUGUGCUGAUUGAAUGAUUUGAUUGAUAUACAACAGGAUACUAAACCAUGCUAAAGAAAGAACAGAAUACUGCACCGCUCUGUAUCACCAGGAUGUGUAAGCAAUGUGCAUUUCAAUACCUUCCUGCAUUGCUUGCUGUUCUCUGAGUUUAAUAAAGUAUUAGUAUUAAA